AGACAUGUAAACAACAUCUUCAGACACAAUCCCUUAUUAAUAUUAAAACGCACACAAAACAGAAUAAAUUAAUAACAAACAACAUUAACCCGCGAUCGAAUAUUAAAGAAUAAAAUUGAGAUACGAAAUCAUACGGACACUGACGAAAUGACAACUUCACUGUUAUUUAAAUACAACAAACAAAUAUACAUUACAUUAUAAUAAAGUAAAAAUAAGCGGGUGAAAUUUCGACGUCUGUAAGUAUGGGGAUAUGGAGAAAAAAGCUGUUGGGGCAGGCCACGCCUUGCGGAGGCCCGGUCGAGCCACGCCUUCGCUGGUGGGGGACGGAUCGUAUUUGCCAGUCGGUACCCGCAUUCGCGACCCGCGUACGCUCGAGUUUAAAAAAAUAAUAAUUAAAAAGAAAACCUGUCAAUUUCCAGCGCCAAUUGGCGCGCUUUCUGACAGAUUAGGUUUUUAAUGUUCGUAGUGCUGUGAGUGAGUGUGUUUUUUGGCGGAUCAUUUUGGAAGCUAUAGGAAGGAUUUCUUAUGAUGGCGUAACAACCACAAACAAAAAUGGCGGCGGUUUCAACGCCACACAUGCAGGACUCCCGUGUCAAAAUACAAGAAAGCGACGAAGACCCGUAUUCCCCAACCACCAGAGACACUGUCACCCCCGACUUCACCGAAGAAGACAAGGAAGAACGCCCCGUACACGCCUUCUCCAUCCACAACGUCCUGAAGAAAGAACGCACCAGCCCCGACAAUGUAUUCUCAACUGAUAAACUCCUACAAAACACUCCUAAUUACGAAGAAAAUGACAAUAACGAUUCUAGAAACUCUGAAAGCGUCAGCCCUAGAAUUGACUACGAUGACAAUCAAACAAACGAAUCCAGAGCAGAAAUAAGUGUAGAUGAUGACAAUUCUUGCUGUAGUGAUGACACAGUUUUAUCUGUCGGAAACGAAGCCCCCGUAAAUUAUGAAAACAACGAUAAAGAACAGGGGCUAACAUCUUUCAAACACAUACAGACACAUUUAAACGCAAUCUCACAAUUAAGUCAGAAUCUGACAAUGAAUCAGCCAUUAAUCUUACGACCUAAUCCUAUAACCCCUAAUCCUUUGAUGUUUUUAAAUCAGCCAUUAUUAUUUCAAAAUCCAAUUAUGGAUCUAAAAGCACCUAUACCUCGGCCUGCGCCGAGUAAUUUAAUGAACCCACAAGUUUUUAACCUAAAUUUCAGUCGAAAGACUCAAGAUCUAAGAAUUGCGCGGACAGACGAAAAUAGAAGACUUAACUAUAUGACUCCAAAGUCUCCUGACGAAUCUAGGGAUUACAUGAGUCAAAGUUUAAAGUUUAGUAUAGAUAAUAUUUUGAAAGCGGAUUUCGGGAGAAGGAUAACUGACCCUAUGAAGAGGAAGAAGAGGGUGGAAGUUAAGGAGGUUAAGGAGGCGAAGGAGGAGGCCAGGGUGCCGGAGGUGAAGAGUGGGGAGAAGGGAGGGGCGAUCGACUUGUCUAAGGGGGAUGACAGUGCGAGUAAUUCUGGGUCUACCACUGGUACGACGUCUGGGGACGGGCCCAUGGUGUGGCCGGCCUGGGUGUACUGUACGAGAUACAGCGACCGACCCAGUUCCGGACGAAGUAAGUACGGGACCUCACGGCAGACACGUCCGCGCACGCGCCGCCCUAAGAAGCCCCCUGGAGAGGCCCCACAGAAUGACGAGAAACGGCCCAGGACCGCGUUCUCUGGCCCGCAACUCGCCAGGCUAAAGCACGAGUUCGCCGAGAACCGCUACCUGACCGAACGGAGACGGCAAGCUCUCGCCGCGGAGCUCGGCCUGGCUGAAGCCCAGAUCAAGAUCUGGUUCCAGAACAAGCGAGCCAAGAUCAAGAAGGCAUCAGGACAGAGGAACCCGCUGGCCUUACAGCUGAUGGCCCAGGGCUUGUAUAAUCACAGCACGGUGCCGCUGACGAGGGAAGAGGAAGAGUUAGAGAUGAAAGCAAGAGAGAGGGAGCAACAGAAUAGACAGUAGGUUUUGGGAAAAGACGAGGCUA